AUGUCGAAAACUAUUCUUGACGUAGUCAAGGAGUGCGACAAUUUUGUUUCAACCGAUAAAUCCGCGUCUCAGUCAGAAACUCCGGGACAAUGCUACACCUUUCGAGUCAAUGGCUGCUCUGCCAUAUCGGGAUAUAUUCUCCCCGAGGUUGUUGAAAAAGUCCAGUGGUCCGACUGGUGGUCAAUUGAUCACCACCGACGCACGGUGACGUUAGCGACGCCAGCUAUGGCAACAGCCAACAUGCGCUCUCGCGUGGUUGAGGAAACCCUCAAGGCCACCAGAAAGCUAGCCGUCAUAUCAAUGCUAGAAAGCUGGCGGGAUGAAACCUUCCCGGUAUAUGGUCCAGGGGGAGAAAUUCUGCUUGAAAUAGAGCGUUGUGCAAGUGCAUUAUUUGGGAUGGUGACCUACGGUGUCCAACUUAUUUGUUACGUGAAGGACGAGCAAGGCCUUCGAUUAUGGAUCGGCAAGAGAUCGGAACGCAAACAGACUUACCCGGGUAUGCUCGAUACCACUGCAGCGGGCGGUCUCGUUGCUGGAAAACUCCCGAUUGAAGCUCUAUUAUGCGAAGCACAAGAAGAGGCGUCCUUGCCCGACGAAAUGGUCAGGAGGAAGGUCAUCCCAAUGAGCAACCUCACUUAUUUCCAUGUCCGUGGGGGCAAGGCUGGAGGGGAGAUUGGCCUAUUCCAACCAGAGGUAGAGUAUACAUACGAACUCGAGUUAGAUCCCAGCAUGGCCCCUGAGCCAAGGGACUCCGAAGUGGAGAGUUUCAGCCUAUACACUAUUGAGGAAGUGCUUCGUGCUUUGAAAGAGGGACAGUUCAAGCCAAAUAGCGCUAUUGUUAUUGUCGAAUUUCUGAUUUCGCAUGGGAUCCUCCGCGCUGAAAACGAGCCGGGCUACGAUGAAAUCCUGUCGCACUUACACCGUGAACUUGAAUUACCUCUCGUGAUUCUGCCCUCUAAAUGA